AUGUCUUUCAAUCCUACGAGCGACAUCCCUGACCUAUCAGGAAAGGUCAUCAUCGUGACCGGCGGCAGCAGCGGUCUCGGCAAAGAAAGUGUACAUCAACUAGUCAAACAUAAUCCCGCCAAAGUGUAUCUCGCCGCCCGAACAAGUCAGCGAGGAAACGCUGCCAUCGAAGAGAUUGUCAAGGACGUGCCAACCGCAAAAGGAAAGAUCCACUACCUUGAAAUCGACAUGGCUUCCUUCGCAUCUGUGAAACGGGCUUCCAAUCUCAUACUCGCCGAAAACGACCGUCUGGACAUCCUGAUGAACAAUGCCGGUUUGGCGAAUGCUUCUUCAGGUCUGACCACCGAUGGCUAUGAGAUUCAGUUUGGAACGAACUAUAUGGGACCGACUCUCUUCACCAAACUCUUGCUUCCACUUUUGCAGGAAACAGCAAAACAACCCAACAGUGACGUCCGGAUCAUCAAUCUCAGCUCUGAGAUCUUCAAACAAGCCCCCAAGCAAGGCAUCAUAUUUGCCGACCUGAAGACUCCAAUGCAAAAGACUGGAUCCAUAGCCAAAUACGGUCAAUCCAAACUCGGAAACUACUUGUUCACCAAAGUAUGCGCUCAAAAGUAUCCAGCCAUCAAGUCUGUCGCUCUUCAUCCUGGGGUCGUCAAUACUGGCAUCUGGGACAACAUGUUCAAGAGGCCUUACGUUGGUCGGGCGAUGUCAGUCUUUUUGACUCCAUUCCUGACCAAUGUACACGACGGCGCUAAAAGGCAAUUGUGGGCAAGCACUGCAAACAGCACAGAGGUCAGAAGUGGAGCUUUCUAUACACCCAAAGGCAGCGAAUACACCCAAGCGAUACUCAAGAAUGACAAACUCGCCAAUGAACUGUGGGAUUGGACCCAGAAGGAGUUUGCUAAGCAUGGAUUCUAG